GGCCCUGCCAUGAGAAAUAUAUGCCAGACUAAGUCGAAUUUGACCAAAUUUAUAGAGCUUCCCCAACAAUCAACACACCAUUAGUGUUGGUAGUCCAUGAUGUCCUUUUAUGUACAUCGGGCGCAGCAAGCUCUGGGGUCGAUCGUCGAAAGCAUCUUAUAGUCCAAAGCACCCAUCGCCCCUGCUUCAUCCAUUCGUUGCUUUUCACAGACCUAGCUAUUGCUACUCGUAAUAUAUUCCUUUCAUCUUCUACAGUCUAUACAGCUUAAGUUUCUUCACAAUGAAAUUUCAACGGUCCAUCGCUCUCUUGCCGCUUCUAUUUUCACAGCAAAUCGUGGCCGAAUAUGAUAACGAAGCACACGCCGCAAUUGACCUGAUACAAAGGCAAUGGUAUAAUACCGAGACCGGCUUAUGGAACAAUCUCUGGUGGCAAUCAGGAAACAUUGUGGAGACAAUUGCAAGGUUCGGACAAUACGAUGCAGAUUUCAAGCAACAUGCUGCCAAUAUUGUUGGCAAUACCUUUGAGAAGUCAGGGAAUCAGCUUGGCGCAAAUAAGUGGCUGAAUGACUAUUAUGAUGAUGAAGGCUGGUGGGCGCUUGGUUGGAUUGCAAGUUUCGAUCUCACGGGCGACAUUAAGUAUCUCAACACUGCGAUCGACAUCUUCAAUGACAUGACAACUGGGUACUCAACUCCAUGCAAUGGUGGAAUUUGGUGGGACAAAGGGCAUACAUCGGUUCCAGCUAUUUCGAACGAACUUUUCAUCUCGGUCGCCGCCCAUAUCGCCAAUCGUGUUGGCGACAACGUGAGAGACAUCUACGUCGACUGGGCUUACAGGACAUGGGAGUGGUUCAAGAACUCGGGAGUGGUCAAUGAUCAGAACACGAUCAACGACGGCCUUGAUAAGAACACUUGCAAAAACGACGGAAAGCCUGUUUUCACUUACAAUCAAGGUGUCAUCCUAGGUGGUCUUGCCGAGCUCUCGAGAGCAACCGGGGAUGGCAGGUACCUUGAGGAGGCCAACAAGAUCGUAAAUGGCGCUUUCGGUGCGCUCACCCAGGAUGGCAUUCUCACUGAAUUAUUUGAGAACCUCGAUGAGCAGGGUGCCCAGUUCAAAGGUGUUUUCGUUCGUGGCCUUGCUGCUCUUCAACAUCAGUCUCCAAAUGGCGCCUACGUCGAUUUCUUGAAGAAGAACGCCAAGUCGGUGUUGGAGAAGGCUAGGAAUAAUGAUGGUGUGAUCGGAACCAAGUGGCAGGGUGGUGGAUCUUUCAGCACCACCAGCCAUUCCUCUGGCAUGGAUGCCUUGGUCGCUGCUUCACAAUUUUAGUUCACAUGCACCACCGGACGUGGAUUCAAGACGAAUCGAACGGGUCCUUUGGCCGCAUACAAAUCAUGUUCAUACUACUCUUUACUUCUCUGGCACUGGUUGAUAUGCCAAUUCUUGCAUCAGGUCUACGUCGCUGAAUUACCACAGCACAUCCCAAGCCUCAUAUAGACGGACCUUUCAUCUGGCUCUUGCCAUUGGGCACUAUACCAAUUUUUCGCUUGACUGUACCUUUAGUAACAUUAAUACUCGGUGUAUAUAGAGAUCCAUUAUUGGUAUCCGACACAACUACUAUUAGUGUACAUCAAAUAUAUACUGAUAAACAUGGUACCAGAAUGAC